GAGCUCAGCUGGCUUGGGCUAAACGUGUUUUAUCAAUUUUGCUGUAGAUUUUCGAUUCUUGUCAUGAAUUCUACCUCAUGUGUCUCACGGAUGGCUUUCCUGGUGUUAUUGGCGUGUCAAGUUGUAGUUUUUGGACGAAAACUUGAACCAAAGGCAAAAUGGUUAGCCAGCGGUCAGGACGAGCUCAUAAAAUCAUUGAAAAUUGCUGAGAACUAUGGUGUAGCUAAGAACGUCAUCAUGUUUCUUGGGGACGGGAUGGGCGUCUCCACCGUCACUGCCAUGCGGAUCUACAAGGGACAAAAGGAAGGCAAGCAAGGAGAGGAGACACAGCUCAACUUUGAGAAGUUCCCGUCCGUAGCCUUGUCAAAGACAUACAACACAGACAGGCAGGUAGCCGACUCGGCUGGGACGGCAACAGCCUACCUAUGCGGCGCUAAGAGCAGGUAUGGGAUCAUAGCCUACGACGAUACGGUCACUGUUGGAGACUGUGCCUCGGCAAGGGAGGAUGCGGAGGUCUCGUCGAUUUUGGAAUGGUCUGCUGCGAAAGGCAAAUCAACUGGAGUGGUUUCAACAGCCCGGAUAACGCACGCUUCCCCAGCCGCUGCAUACGCCAAGUCCUCUCACCGGAACUGGGAAGACGACGCCCAACUACCCGCCUCUGCGAAAGGGAAGUGUAAGGAUAUCGCCGCCCAACUGAUUGAGAGGGGCAAGGAUAUAUCGGUCAUCCUUGGGGGAGGAAGGGCGCAGAUGAUGCCAAAAACUACUUCUGAUCCAGAAUAUACUAGCAAGAAAGGCAACAGACUAGAUGGUAGAGAUCUUAUUGAGGAAUGGAAAAAGGAUAAAAGCACCCGUGGCAAAGAGGCAAAGUACGUGUGGAAUAUAGAGGAUUUUGAUAAGGUGGAUCCGAAGAAGACAGACUUUCUGAUGGGUCUGUUUGAGCCGUCUCACAUGCAGUACGAACUGGAUCGUGUCAACGGUGGGAAUAAAGAGCCCAGUCUGGCCGAGCUGACGAGUAAAGCCAUCAAAAUGCUGCAAAAGAAUGACAAGGGGUAUUUCUUGUUCGUCGAAGGUGGUAGGAUUGACCACGCUCACCACGAAGGCAUUGCCCGAUACGCGAUAGAGGACGGUAUAGCCUUCGAGGCGGCAGUCCAGGCAGCCAUCGACCUGACUGAUAUGAGGGACACACUGAUCGUUGUCACUGCUGACCACUCGCAUACGAUGGUCCUCUCUGGAUACCCGAGUCGGGGUCACCCGUUAUUCGAUAUAACUGACUACGCGAAUGGGACCGACGGCAUGCCCUUUACAUCUGUCCUAUAUGGGAAUGGUCCUGGUUACGAGAUUACACCGGCAGGCAGGGCUAACCUCACAGACAAAGACACCGAGGACCCGCACUACAAGCAGCAAGCAGCCGUCCCCCUUGGAUCCGAAACACAUGGAGGCGAAGACGUCACAAUCUACGCCCAAGGACCAAUGUCGCAUCUCUUCCAUGGUGUCCAUGAACAACACUACAUUGCCCACGUCAUGGGCUACGCCGCCUGCGUUGGCCCAAAUCAGGACCAUUGCACCAGACCGGAAGUUGUGCGGAUCGGUGAUGGAUUGAUUUGCAUGACGCAAUCGGAUAUGAUGUCAUCGAAAGGGACCGCAUCAAAACUAAUUAUGACGAUAGCGCUCACAGCCUUAGGGACACUAUCCAGUUUCCUUCUGCUGCUUGUUGUCUUUUUCUAUCGACGAGGCCGAGAGAAGUUACCGCUGUACAAGUCAUCCGCUCGCAGGUAUACAUCUCUGGGGGAGGAGGACGGAGACAUCUAAGCGCAUCGGGUGUUUCCGUACUGCUUCGAGAUUGUUCGAGUAUCAACAAUCGGAAGAGGAAACCGGCGGCAAAAGACGUGACUGGAGCUGGAUGUACGUAACUGCCGAGUUGCUAGCCCUGCGUAUUGAUAGAACAAAUGCUGCAAAUACAAAUAUUAUAUGAUGUUUAAUGGACAUGUUAUUGACAGUGUGAUAAUUGGACAACUUGUAUUUCGUGGUGUACUCAAUACAUGUACAUGUAUUACAAAAUAACAUCAAAUAUGUUUCAAUAACAAUGCACCUUGAUCCGUAUUAGGACAUAAGGGUAGAGUGAAUUCUCGAGGGGACUAUAUAUUCUUUCACACUGGAGAGGUGAUAACUCGCGAAUGGCAAUCAUGACGAAAUGUAGAGGAGAUGAACCUAUUGCCAGUCUGGAACGUAGUGGAUAUCUAUACCCAGCAUUUUGGAAUGAAUAUCCGAAAGCCUUGAUAAAAACGUACACCGUACACCUAUAUUGUCCAUAGUGUUAAGUGUAGAAAUCUGUCCUCUUUCAGACUGAUCUAAACAUCUCCAACUAGUGAUAGUAUGAUCUCGAUAUUCAAAUAGUACAUUUGAUGUUUCUUUUGCAAUCGCUAUGAUGUAAAUACUGAAAUGAAAAAUGAAAUGCUCAAUGUAAAACUAAUUAAUAGUUAAUUACGACGUGUA